CAUACAUAAAUAAAUAAAUAAUACAUAUACAUACAUAUAUAGAUAGAGAAUAAAUAUGUCUCCGGUACGUGCAAUUCUGAUGGUCGCCGCGGCGGCGGUGGCGGUGAUGGCCGGCAGCGUGAACGGCCACGAUCACCCGGAUCAUCAUGCAGUCUCCGGUAAGAAAUGGUGCGUGCCGAGGGACGAUGCCACCGACGUCGCAUUGAUGGGUAUCAUGGCGUUCGUAUGUAAUUGGAAGCCCGACUGUUGCACGGGGGUGUUGCCCGGCGGCGAUUGUUACCAACCCGGCCAAAUUGUGAAGGCCCAUUUGACCAUCCGCGAGCACGCCGCCUACGUCAUGAAUAACUACUUCCAAUCCCGAGGCGGGAAGGAUUCCGACUGCGGAUUCUCUGGCUUCGGCAUGAUAACCGACGUCGAUCCGAGCACUCCUACGUGCAAAUUCCCCGAAGCAUAAAACCCGGAGAUUUGAUGAUAAGCUCAAGUCCAUUAUUAUAGCUAAAAGCGUGUUUACUUCUGAUAAAAAUAAAAAUAAAAAGAAGAAAAAAGCGUGUUUACU